UUCUUUAGGAUUUCAAUCUGGCCCGUCUCUCUGUUUCCAAAUGCUAAACUUUGACAUUUUAGGAGGUUUUGACGUUUAGCAAUUGCGGUCUCAUUUCCAGAGAGAGAUAAGUUGGGCAUCUCUUUAUCUCUAUCGACAUAUCCCAUUCGACAUAUUCAACAUUCUUUGAUUGCGGCAAAUCGUGAAACUUCUUUAUCGACAUUACUUUUUAAAUGCUUUAAACUAUUGUGAUCUAGUAAGAUCUUACUAGAUCACAAUAUAAAACUGACAAUUUCACGUGUAAGACAUGGUAUAAUAUUACCCCUUUACGAUGGUGUAAGCUCAAAUAAAGUGAUAGUUUAUGGUCUGCACUCUAAUCAAAACAUAAAUAUGGAGACAUUCAACUCACAUCCCGGUUUUUGUCCAGUAUGUGGAUCCAUUCUUCCACAGUUAAAUACAGUGGGAUAUGUUGUAUGUUACAAUUGCAAAAAGGAAUUUCCUCCAGACGUUUUUGGAUCACAAGACGUUGAGUACACUAUACACUUCAACAGUUACAAUCCAGAAAAGUUAUUUGACAAAGCUAUAAGCUACUCGGAUGAUGAAGCGGAAGGACCGGUUGUUGAACGCAAAUGUCCAAAAUGUGGCAAUAUGCAAAUGUCUUAUGCGACAUUACAGCUGCGUUCUGCUGACGAAGGGCAAACUGUGUUCUUUACAUGUCUUAAAUGCAAAUUUAAGGAAUCUGAAAACUCAUAACUUCGAUGCAAAUUUGAUAUUUGUAUGUUUUUAUUUUGGUUAUUUCAUUGCACUACAUACAUAUACAAUUUUUUUAUUGAUAGUAAAUGCGAAUUCAUUAAAA